CGCAGGGGCACUUGUGGCCAUAGCGGGAGGAGGAGGAGGAGCGGUCUGGUGGCGAAGGGGAACGGAGGCAUAGGAGUCUCCGGGGGUCACGACGAGAAUGCACACAAUUGGGGUUUGUACUGCUUCCCUUGGAUCACUGGGCCUCAUGAGAUUCUUUGGCAUAUCUUGGACAUGGAGUAUUGCAGCUGCUUUGGGCAUUUAUAUUGGCAGUGGUGGGUGGAACUUCCUCCGCAUCAUCUUUAAGACAGCCCUGAGAGAUUUACUAGGACUCUCGGUGCUAUUGCGGGUCAAAUAUGAACUGUAUCAUCACAGGAAAGCCAAAAGCAAUAUUCCCAAGGUAUUCCAGAAGGUGGUCAGGAAAUACCCCGACAAAGUGGCCUUGAUUUAUGAAGCUACUGAUGACAAAUGGACAUUCCGGCAACUGGAUGAAUAUUCCAACUCUGUGGCCAACUUCUUUUACCAGCAGGGCUUUCGUGAGGGUGAUGUAAUUGCUAUCUUUAUGGAGAGCCGACCAGAGUUUGUCGGCUUCUGGUUAGGCAUGGCUAAAGUGGGUAUUGAGGCAGCUCUCAUCAACUUCAACUUGCGACUUGAUUCAUUGACUUACUGUGUGAAAACCUCAGGGGCAAAAGCCAUCAUCUUUGGCGGGGAGCUAUCAGCAGAUAUUACCGAAUUGCUGCUUUUGGUUAUUAUGCUUACAGAAUGACCACAGAUGACAUAAUCUAUAACUGCCUACCAUUGUACCACUCAGCAGGGAACAUCAUGGGCAUUGGCCAGUGUGUGGUUCAUGGUCUGACGGUAGUGAUUAGGAAGAAAUUUUCUGCCAGUCGCUUCUGGGAUGACUGUGUGAAAUACAAGUGUACAAUCAUUCAAUAUAUUGGGGAGAUUUGCAGAUACCUGCUGAACCAACCAGUGCGGGAGGCAGAAAUGCAGCACCAGGUGUGGCUAGCUAUUGGAAAUGGCUUGAGGCCCACCAUUUGGGAAGACUUCACACAGCGGUUCCGAAUCAAACAGAUUGGGGAGUUCUAUGGCGCUACUGAGUGUAACUGUAGCAUUGCUAAUCUAGAUGGAAAGGUGGGAGCCUGUGGCUUCCAUAGCCGGAUUUUGCCAAAUGUAUAUCCUAUCCGCUUGGUGAAAGUUAAUGAGGAUACCAUGGAGCUAAUACGUGGCACAAAUGGCCUUUGUAUCUCCUGUCAACCAGGAGAACCUGGACUUCUUGUGGGCAGGAUAAACCAAGAAGACCCCUUGCGGAGAUUUGAUGGCUAUGUCAAUCAGAAUGCAACUAACAAGAAAAUAGCUUAUAAUGUCUUCAAGAAAGGAGAUCAAGCUUAUCUUACAGGAGAUGUCCUAGUGAUGGAUGACCUUGGCUAUAUGUACUUCAAAGACCGCAGUGGGGAUACAUUCCGUUGGCGCGGAGAGAAUGUUUCCACCACCGAAGUGGAAGGAAUCCUCAGCCAUAUUCUCAGCAAGACAGACGUGGCAGUUUAUGGAGUAGAGGUACCAGGAGUAGAAGGCAAGGCUGGAAUGGCAGCUAUUGCUGACCCAGAAGCAAAACUGAAUCCCAAUGUUCUGUUUUUGGAGAUACAGAAAGCACUACCUCCAUAUGCACGGCCUAUCUUCCUCCGAUUUCUCCCAGAGGUUGACACCACAGGCACUUUCAAGAUCCAGAAGACCCGUUUACAAAGAGAAGGCUACAAUCCACACCAGAUGUCUGAUCGGUUAUACUUUUUGGAUGUGAAACUUGGCAAGUUCCUACCAAUAGAUGAGUGCAUUUUUGAGAGGAUCCAAACUGGGAAAAUUUCUCUUUGAUUUAAUUGGUGAGAUGACUCCUAAAGGGCCUGAUGUCGAAAGGUCUUGUUUUGGUAGAGAAAUAGACUUGAAUAAAUAAGCAAAGCAAGGUUUUAAUAUGCAACAGGGAAAAACCCCACUAUAGUGUGAGAGCAAGAUGGUUUUCCUCCCUUUUUUAAAAAAAAAGCACAUUAACCAUUUCCAGAGCAAAGGGAAUAGCUCUUUUUAUAUUGAUCAUUUUUUUUAGAAAGGCCUUCUCUUCCUUAUAACCAUUGUGAUAGGGAAUUUCAUAUGAAAAUGGUUUCUGAUCUGCAUUAUUACAUGUUGAAUGUUCGCAGUAUACCAGGGAUGACUAAAUUGUUGUAGCAAAACUGAUCAAAUUAUUUUCUUUUGUGUUAUUUGGCUAUAUUUCACUGUGUUAAAGCUGAGAAAAUUGUUUAGGAUAAAGCCUUCAGUUGCUUUAGACUUCCCAGGUUCCAAACGUACAGAUUUAGAGUUCCUCCGAUUGUUUCUUUGUAGCUUUAUUUGUAGCUUUAAGGGACUGACUGUCAAAAUGCAAUAGUUUAUGUGUGUUAGAAACUUGAAUAGAAAAACCAGAAACAGGACUAAUAAGAUGAAAUAACAGUAUUAUUUUUAAAAAUGCGUACAGUAUAUUGAAAAUAAGUUGGUUCGGAAACUCUGCUUGAAAGGCUCUUUUAAUGCUCUUUUAGCAGAAAGGUAUUCCACUUACCUACAGCAAAUCAAUUGGUUGUUAUAUACUACACCCACAUGGGAAAAUAAUUGAUGUAUGUUCUGUUAAUCUACUUUAAAUCAUCUUAUUUAAAACAAAUGUUAGUUUGGAGGAAUGGGAUAUUUCAAGAAAUUAUUUGACUGCUCCAGAACCUUGAAAAAACAGUUCCAUUGAUCCCUGAAACAAGUGGAUAUCUGAUGCUUUUCAGUCUUUGGUCUUGCUAAUUUCUUGUGAUCAACAUAGGAAGCCUGUCAGCUCAUCAAAGACCAUUUGCAACAUAUUUCUCACACUGAUCUUCCAGCAAUAUCUGAUUUGGACAUUCCUAACUUUGCGCUUCUUUUCAUUAGUGCCAUUUGGGUAGAUGGCAUUAAGAAUUUGCAUAAAGACGAUACACAUGGAUUGCUUGAAUUUUGAUUGACUACCUGCCUGUUCAAAGAAGCUGUAAUUCUUGGGAUACAGCAAUAUGGAAAUAUUCUGUUACCAAUGUACAUACUACUGGCCUGCAAUAUGAUUGUGAAGGGAAUGUUUCAGGUACCCUGAAUCACUUAAGAUCAAAUUAAUUUUCCUUAAGGAUAUUUUUCUCUUUGGCAAAAAUGGAAUUUCAUGUAAGAGUAUUUUACAAACACAUGUACAGAACAAUGUUAUUUUGUAUUUCUGAGUACACCAAGUAUUGUAUUAGCCAGGCAAUUGAUAAAUAACAGUUCAGAAGCCAUGGGAGCUAUCUGUUUCCCUUUUUUAAUUAUAAGACCCAGAAUGUGCCUUUUCCAACUUCUCUUCAGAACGAGUUAAAACAAGUUAACAAUUCUGUUAUGAACAUAAGAUGUAUUAGUUCUCUCAUAAAUAAAUAUACCUACAGCUAACUGAAUUUGAUCUGGAGAAAAAAGUUUGUUUAAAAAAAGCAAACAAAAACUAAUUUUGCUCCUGGUUUUAAGAAUCAUGCAUUGUCUAACUUAAUUUUUUUGAAGCAAUGUUACAUUUUGUUGUUGGAGUCACUGUUGCCAAAAUAUAACAUUGAUUUGAGAAAAACCUUACAAGAAUAAAGAACCUUAAAAACAUA